AUGUCCGACAAGAAGAUGUGCCUCGCCAUUGUCGGUGGCGGGAUUGUAGGCCUCGCCUUCGCCAUCUCACUUGCCAAGAGCGGCGCACAGAACAUCGAGGUGGACAUCUACGAGAGCGCGUCCGCCUUCGGCCAGGUCGGCGCCGGCAUGGGAUUCUGGCCGCGCAUCUGGGAGAGCAUGCGCCUCCUUGGUCUCGAGGAGGACCUCAAGCCGCUCGCAAGUUCUGUUGCUAACGAAGAUGCACCUCAGGAAAGCCCUUCCGUUUCACCAAAGGUGACCAACAGCAAUACCUCCCCUUCGGUCAGAGUCGCUUUCGUAGGCAAGAACAAGUGCUUUAUCUGCUACCCGGUCUCUAAUGGUGCCAGUAUCAACUGUGGUGGUAUUAUUUCGUACCCCGAGAAGAACGGGGGGCUACACGAUGAGCCCUGGGUCGAGACUGUCAGCCAGGAAGGACUCCGUGAGGAAUUCCUCGGCUGGUCGCCUUACGUACAUGCGGUCAUCGAUGUAGGUCUCCCGUACUCGCACAUCCAAUACCACGCUGACAGCACCGAGAAGCUCAUCAAAGCGCCCUCGAAGUGGGUUAUCAACUCUGUCGUCGACCUGCCGACGUAUGUCUCAGGCAGAGUCGCCCUCGUCGGAGACGCGGCCCAUGCAAUGACACCUCACCAGGCCUCGGGAGCAGCGCAGGGCGUCGAGGACGGCCUCGUCCUCGCUGCGCUGCUUGCGGACCCUCUCGCCAGCCCCGAGACGCUCCCCCACAUCUUGCACGCGUACGACCGCGUGCGCCGCCCAUUCUCACAGGACGUCCUCCGUCGCUCGUACGAGAGCGGCACGACAUACUGCUUCCAGCGUGGCGCGUUCGCGGGUGUCUCUGUUGCGGAUAGUGCCAAUGGGAAGAUAACGCUGGAGAGCCUGGAGGCGCUAAAUGGCCAUAUCAACGAGCUGUUGGAGUGGACGUGGAAGACGAGCUCUGGUGGGGAUAGGAGCGAAGCAUCGAAGAUGUUUUACGGACUUGUUGGGGCUUAGAUAGUCAGAUCUGCAGCCUUGGUAGGAUAAACGUCGCAGCUGAAGUGUCGUAAGAGACUCCCUUUUUUCGGUUUCCAUGUCGCACGGGUGCCCUCUAUUAUGUGCUAUCGGCUACUGUAAACCCUAGUAGGAUCUCUCCAAAUCGCUUGUAGCCGGUCGCUGUACGCGUACAACCAGUCCG